CCUCAAUCGAAGCUCAAUAUACUACUAUCAGAACUUAAAGUCGUCCCGCGACGUUCGCAAGUCCGAGCCACCUCCGCGGUUCAGUUUGCUUCAGACGGUAGUCAAAAUACGUUAUCAUUAGCACGAUUAAGUGACGUUUCUGCGAUUCACACUAUUCAGUGCGCUCAUCCACACUAUAGUAGAUCAAAUUUUAAAUUUUCGCAUUUGCGAUCUGAUUCCUUCGACCGCCGCGCCACUGCCCUCCCCGACGCACUUACCGACAUUAACGAGCGACUAAGCGACGCUGGAGAACUAUCACAAUCAUUCGUUUGGUACCCGGUGUCCGAGAAGCAUCAUCUCUCGCCAGCAGCAGCGCUCGAACCUCGAAUAUCGCAAACCGCAAUAACAACGCCAGAAUAUCGCCCCGGUACGCGCGUGGUGCUAAUCGGCUGCAUAAACAUUAUAUUUCGGUACCAAUUCGAUCAAGUGAUUCUUAUCCGGUCCGAGUGAUAAUUUGCAGGAAAUCGAGAACAAUUAAUCAAUCCGAUGACACACAGUUCUUCUGCAAUCGAGUAGUGCUCAGUGUGACAACCGUACGAUCGAUCGAGCUAUUGCUGAUCACCAUAUAGUGGAAUCUGAUCACGUGCUAAAACCGAAAAAAAGAUUUCACCGCAACUGAAGAAAGAAAAAGCAAUCACCAGAGUUGCUAGUGCAGUCGGAAGUGUUGUGAUUUAAUUGCUACGUAUUACGCGCCAAACCACUUUGCGGUUAAAGAACGCGGUGUGCACGGUUGCUCCAGUACAUAGUGUAGUGGACGGAUUGAACCUAACAAAGUGAUCGACAACAACACUUGAUCACCAACAGCAAUCGACAAUGACAGAAACAAAACUCCCCAUCUCGAUAAAGGCGGAUCGAAGACUCGUUCAUCAAUAUCUUGCGGCUAUUUGCGUUAACAUCAUCUCGUUAGCGCAAGGAACAGCCAUCGGAUGGCUAUCGCCGUUUCUCCCGCUACUAGUUUCCGCCAACGCUCCCCUCCACACCGGCCCAGUAACGGAUAUUGAAGCUACGUGGAUCGCUUCGCUGCUCUGCGUAGGCGCCAUCUUUGGGACGGUCCUGUUCGGAUGGUCGGCGGACAAAUUCGGACGGAAAUUUUCACUCUGCAUGGCCUCCAUCCCGCUGCUCGGAUUUUGGGCAUGCAUUGCCUUCGGUGGAUACGUGGAACUAUUGUACCUGGGACGGGUGCUAGCAGGUUUGGGCGCUGCCGGAGUAUUCCUCCUUGUGCCGCUUUACAUUACAGAAAUUGCGGAGGAUAGAAUAAGAGGCUCUCUAGGAUCGUUCUUCAUUCUGUUCAUAAAUAUGGGCACGUUGGUAUCCUUCGUCGUUGGAAGCUAUGUAUCCUAUCACAUCACAUCGUACAUUCUCAUGGUGCUGCCGAUCGUUUUUCUUCUGUGCUUCAUGCACUUUCCGGAAACUCCACAGCAUCUGAUCCGGUGCAACAAGAUCGAAGCAGCAGAAUGUUCGCUCAAAUACCUCCGCGGUUACACAACCUCUCCGGAACAUGUGGAAAUGCUGAAGGGCGAAAUGACGACCAUGAUCAACCAGGUGUACCCCAACGGAAAGGACUCCAGUGAAGAUUCAUCGAUAAAGUUGGCGGAUUUUGCUCCGUUCUCUACCAAGAAGGCCCUUCUCAUAGGAAUGGUUCUGGUUACAUUGAAUCAGUUCUCGGGAUGUUUUGCACUCAUAAACUACACCGCCAACAUUUUCGCAGAAUCGGGAUCGGAUCUGGAUCCCAACUUGGCCGCCAUCAUUGUGGGAGCAAUCCAAAUAUUUGGAUCCUACGUGUCCACAAUGGUGGUUGACCGUUUCCAACGAAAGGGACUCUACAUCGGAACGGCAUUCGGCUCAGCCAUUGGACUGGCUGCCAUGGGAGUUCACGGCUACCUGAAGCUCUCCGGGUACGAUGUCAGUGCGAUCAACUGGAUCCCGGUGGCCAGCUUGUCGUUUGUGAUAUUCAUCGCUUCGUGCGGCAUUCUGCCGCUGACCUUCGUGAUUUUGUCGGAGAUCUUGCCACAGAAACUGCGCAGCUUCGGAGGAUCCCUGUGCACCACGUUCCUCUGGGUGGUGAGCUUCAUUGUGAUCAAGUACUUCCCGGUGAUGGUGGAGGUGCUUGGCAUGCACGGCUGCAUGUGGACCUUUGCCGGAUGCUGCAUGUUCGGAAUGUUCUUCAACGCGCUGUUCAUUCCGGAAACACGAGGCAAAAGCAUCGAAGAGAUUACGCUCGCAAUGGAGGGAAAGAGCAAGAACUGAGUGGUGAUCGUAGAAUGAAUGAGAGUGUACGAUGCGAACAUGAGAUUGAGUGC